UGGUGAUCUGUGACGUCAUAAGGUGACGUCAACCAACGAUUUUUUUUUUUUGUAGCACUCACGUAGAUGGCGACGGGCACUUUUCGCGCUAGAUGAGGCCUCUAAACUUUCCCAACCAUGUGUACUGUGCUGUUUAUUUUGUAGGGGAGCGCGAAUAUUAACUUUUCACAUUGAAUCGAAUACUGCCAAAGGCAAAUCCACUUAAUUAAAUACCUCCUUUUUCGAUUAGAAAUCUAAUCGAAUAUGGUAUUAUUAGAGUUCUUGUUCAAGGUUCGCUCUAAAUUCAUUUCCAUAAAAGUUAUUUCCGAAGCACACCAGGAAAGUGCUGCUGUUUGCGUGAUAGUUGUAUGAGUGGAGUAUACUUGGGGAAGCAACCAAACAAAUAGACAUGGCCGAUUGAGAGAUAGCUAUAAAGUGCUGAAAUAAACCCAUACAGUAAAGAAUUUAUAUAUACGCAUAUACGUAUCUUCAUUAUUUCACUGAGUGACAAUCACUUAUCUACAAAGUAUACAGUCACAUGUAAGCAGUGUUCUUUGAGUUGCAUUGCUUGCUUCACGUGUUCGCUUGUGAAUAAAACAAUUUAGUUGCUUAGGCGGUGGUUGCAAAUGAAGCACGGAUUUCUGUUCUACGUGGGACGCACUUGUGCUAAGCGAUACACAAUAAAGGGGUGCAUUAUACAAGCAUCGAUAUAUCACUACUACGAAUACUAAUGUGAAAAAACGGAACUGCGACUGUUUUGAAUUUAUCUGAACUAGAUUAUAAAAACUCUAUCCUUCACAAGUAUACAAGCACAUGGACGAAAAGAUGGGGAAUUCCGCUCCAUGCUGAAGUCUAUUCGGCACCUGCAGCCUUCUCCAGUCUGUGAGAAAGGGAUAAGCUGAAAAAGCUACCGGGAUUCCUGGGAGUGCAGGAUUCUAGAGAAGGAUCGAAUUCGCGAACAAAACAAGUUCUUGAGAGUGGGAACAGUGUCGGCGGGGGUGUCACUAUUCUGACCUCUUUCAAACUGGAGACACAAAUCCAUUUACAAAUCAGACGAAACGAAGUGUCUCCCUCUCCAUCCAUAUAUUUAUUAGUGUUUGUGCUCCAAUCGGGACUUCCGAGACGCUACGCCAUGCUCCCUCAAGGGCUGCAUAAAUAAGCGUCUGUUCUCCACACUCAUCACCACCACUUCGACGUCGACUCAGCCAGUCUGGUUGAGUGGUAGCUCGCUUGUGAGUUUUGCGGCUUUCAACGCUGUGUUUCACUUGUGUUUGACGUGCGUCCUGCGAGAUACUGCGGCAUUGCGUGAUUUGGCGCCUUCGAGCCCUGCAGUCAAACUGCGCUUCCAUAUCAUGGGGAAGCUGAGAAAGGUCCUUUCGCGAAAGCCAACGGUACUAUCGGCAAAACGCAGAAAACAUCUCAACACCUUGCGAACGAAAAGGUAAGCCUUGCAUUCUUUCGUACCUUUCUCGCAGUGGUAUGUCAUAUACUGCUCAUAUCAUGCAUGGCACGGGCACAGUGAGCCCUUUUUUUUUUUUUGCUCUCACUUCACUUCGACAAAUUAGUUUACAAAAGUUUUAUUCCUGUACGAUAAUGGAAACAAGCACGAUGACGCGCUUACGCAACAAUGAAAAUGCUGAUCUUAUUUUCUAUCCUGAGUAUCGAAAGGUUUGUUAUUUCAUUUUUACAGAGAGAGGCCACAAUCCAUUUUUGAGAGCCCAAACAGCGACAAAACUGCAAAUGAGGAUACCAUUCCUCGUACGGAAGUGACUGCUGACGUCUGUGAUGAGGUUGCUGCAGACUACUGGGACGGCCUAGGGGUGGACGAGCACUUGCCAAAUCUCUGCUUUUCAAAUGCUUCGAAUGAAACUUCGUCGCCAUGCAUGAACAUCUCUGGAAGAAGAGUUGUCUCAGUUUUUCAUUUUAUAAAGGCCAUACAAGAACUCGGCAACCAUCGCUGCGCCAGUCCAUAUGGUGGGUUCUUUGAACUGCAGACAGAGCGUAGAGUAGGCUUCUGGUCAGAAUAUACAUUCAAGUGCAAUGGAUGCGCCGAAAACAGGAAGGUCACCACUGAUCCUGUAGCGGAGCCAACACCCCUAACAGAAAAGACGGCACUAGGCGUCAAUGAUGCUGCAGUGUGGGGUUUUAUGAGCAUAGGUUCUGGACACUCGCACCUAGAAGAGGCAAUGUCCGUCAUGGAAAUUCCUGCAAUGAGCAAGGCAUCGUUCCUGCGGCGAGAGGAAAGCAUUGGCAAGUUGUGGAAGGUAGCCCUCCUGAAGGAAAUGACUGAGGCUGGCGAACAAGAGAAAAGGCUCGCAGAGGCUGCAGGAGACUUCUGCGAGGAUGGCAGUACCCCAUGGAUCACCGUAGUUGUGGAUGGCGGUUGGUCCCACAGGAGUCACGGCCACAGGUACUCUGCCAACUCAGGUCUGGCUGUCAUCGUAGGAAAGCGCACGCAAAAGCUGCUUUACUUGGGCGUGAGAAACAAGCUGUGCAGCACUUGCGAAUAUUAUUCCAAGAAAGGCCAGACGAAAGAGCACACAUGCUACAGAAACUGGGAUCAAAGCUCUGGCGCCAUGGAGGCCGAUAUUCUUGUGGAAGGGUUCCAAAGAAGCACUGAAAUGCAUGGUGUGCAGUAUCGCACUUUCAUUGGCGACGGAGACUCGUCAGUAUACUACCAGCUUCAGACUAAAGUAGAAUAUGGCCGUUUCAUAAAGAAAAACGAGUGCGCCAAUCAUGUGGUCAAGUGCUAUACUUCUCGACUUUAUAGCAUCGCUAAGGAAAGCAAGGGCACUCGCUCGUUGCUGUCGGCCCCUAGAGUCAAGCGAAUCAAGAAUGGAGCUCGCAAGGCUGUGAGCCACUACGCCAAAAUUCUGCGCGAUUGCAAUGGCAGCACAGAAGACCUCAAAAAAGAAAAAUCACGACUCAUUCAAGAGCUAGCUUCAGACCUCAGGAAUGGGCCGCUACAUGUUUUUGGAAGUCACGAUGGCUGCAAAAGCAACUUUUGCAAUGGAAGCAAGGCAGAUAACGUGUAUCAAGCAGUUCCUAAAAUACAACAAGUGAAGCUGAUGUCUGCAGCCAACAUGAUUGCGGACAAAGCAGACCGUCUCAUCACAGAUGACACGAGCAAUCUUGCUGAAGCCAUUAUGUCCCUUGUGGCUAAAUUUUCUGGAGGAAAACAGAUAAAUCGUUGCCAGAAGGGCUCCUAUGAGCAUCGCUGUCAUGGUGCGGGGCUUCAUUUUCAACUGGGACUUGAAUGGCACGUGAAAGCAAGCAAAGCUGUCACUUGCACAAGCCCAGCUGCAACCCUAAAGAAAUACACGCAGAGGAGAUUCGAAAUGAAAAGGCAGACGAUGUCACGCAAAAGGCGGCUAUUUGAGGAGAGCGGCCACCGUGAGCGCAGAUACGGCAAUCACGCAGCCAGCAAUUCGGCACCCCAUUAUGGACCAAGUUGUCAAAAGCCAGACAUGUCGGCUGCCGUAUUGUCUGCGAACACAGAAAGGCAGCUGCAGGACCUACAGGUGGAUGACAGCAAGCGAGCAAGCAUCGAAGAAGAGACGCGUGGGCAAGCCAGCAGUCCCGAAUGGCACGAGCAAAGAAGGCUCCGCCUCACCGCCUCCAAUUUUCAUGCUGUCUGCACAAGGAAAGACAGCACUCCUUGUGAUGCGCUGGUGAAGCGGCUCCUUCAACCCAAAGGCUUCACAACCGCCGCAACAGAGCACGGGAAGCAACACGAAAGUGUUGCACUCCAACUGUAUGCAACAGAAAAAGAAACGGUUGUUCAGCCAUGUGGGCUUUUUAUUGACCUGAAACACGGGUUUUUGGCAGCUACCCCGGAUGGGCUGGUUGGAACAGACCGAAUUGUGGAAGUCAAAUGCCCGUUGAAGUACAAGGAACAUGAACCACUGGAAGCAGCAAGAAACUUCUCGGAGAAAAAACAAAGAGAUGGCGCUCCGGUUCUCUCUAGGUCGCACAGCUAUUUUUAUCAAGUGCAGGGCCAGCUGCACAUCACCGGGCGGAUUAUCUGUGACUUUGUAGUGUACACCACAAAAGGUAUACACGUGCAGGAAAUACGCAGGGAUGAUUCUUUCUGGAUAGCGAAAAUGGAACCAUUUCUUUCGCGCUUCUACAAGGACUGCAUCCUUCCAGAGAUUGUAGACUCCAGACUUGCUCGGUCCAUGGACGUGCGCCGUCCGGAGUGGAACAGACUUGCCAUUGAGGCUAAGGAGAAAACGAAGAAUGGAGAAGCACCGAAGGCCAAAAGAGCCAAGUACAAGAAGGACUAAAUAUGCCUGUAAGUAACUGAGCUUGCAACGGUAUAAAGCGGAAUAUAAGCGGUGAUCUUCCCUUCGCGCCUUAUCAAAAUAUGAGUGGUAACUAUCUUUCCGUGUCGCUGCGUUUCCUUGUGUCAGCUAUUCCGAGUGUGAUUUGUUUGGGAUCAACUUGCUGUGAUAGCACUGAAACAAAUUCACUUUCUAGACCAGCCUAACUCGUCGCUGUUCAUAGCACGGAGCAAUUUGUAUUGAUGCCCGAGAAACACCGUUCCUAAAGACAUUUUUUUUAACGUUUUAUCUGAGCUCCUAAAAAAGUAGCUCUCUCUGUGCCUGUCAUGUUGUAAUUUAUUUGAAGCAUAUUGUGAGAAAUGUCGCGGAACUGAUGGUACAACCACUGCACUAUAUUUAUGCAGUGAUUCUAACAACAUCGAAAUAUAAGCCCAUUCUAGAAAAAAGCAUUAUUUCAGCAGUUCGUAUCAUGUUUGUGUGUUUACAGGGAAUAGGAGCAGCAGACGCCAACGCAAGACACUCGUGCCCGGUGUUACAACCGUGCAGGGCAGUGUGCCGUUUCCUAAGACGGCGAAAAAGGAUGCGGCGAUAUCCACCACCUCUAGCAGAAGCAAGAAAGCCAGAAAAAGAACGGUCCUUGUCAGGACCAACCUUCUCGAUGCUUCGGUGGAGAUUUCGCACUGAAUGCGUUCUUCGUUCAACUGCCGUCUCUCUCUGUGUUCUGUUUUAUUUAUCUCUUACUUUACGUUGCUGCUAUCUAGACAGCUGAAAAUAAUGCACAUUACCCAAUGUUGCCCGACUUUGCCAUUAGCAGUCAACCUGCGGGAUGAAAUUAUAAUUUUAGUACAGGAACAAUCGCUUCCGUGUGCCUUAUUGGACAGCCUCUUGGAAAAGCUGAACUAGUUUUCGGGUGUCGACUCUAGGUCUAUACAGAUAGGUUGGGUUUCGCUGAGAAAGAGCCCUUACGCAUUUUAUUAUUCAAUACUCCCAAAAGGACGCAAUUCGCAUCUGUGUUACGACUUGCGCUCUUCGUUGCGGUGCUAGGGGGACUCGUUUUAUAGAUGAAAAAAUUGUCUCUCAUAUGUUUCGCUAAAGCUGAGCAGCGCAUUCGUGUAUACGCCUUGUGCACCGCCUAUAGAGGCGCCACUGAUAGCCACCUGCGCCCCAUACAUCUGUUUUGGGAUGCAUGAGGCUCAUAGUGUUCUAGCUAGCAAAAAGGCAAAGCCCUUCUGUCGUUCAUGCAUACAAAAUCACCAUUUUUGGCUCACUGCAAGGCACGGAAAAGGGGCUUUGUGUAAUGAUAGCCAGGAAGUAGUGGAAAGGAGCUUUCUGGGUAGCUUCUGAAUGUAGCGACAUAAGUAUCAAGCGGACCAUGCGCGACACCCACACUACAUUCACAGUCGAACCAAAGCUGCUGACGGUGGAGAAAUCUAUAAUUACUAUGCACGUGCACAAGGUCGGCGUUGUUCCACGCGACCCAACACUGCCGGUAUUCAGGGGCACUGAAGAACUUCCUCGAGAACUACUCUUUUCCUACUCUUUUUCUUUCUACUCUUUUUUAGCGAGGGAGAGAAAGAGUCUGUUCAGAAACCAAACCAUUAUUUCCAGCAACCCUUGCGGCAGCGCAGUUCAGCGCCUAACCGUUCUAUUGUAAAUAGUUAUACGUUACCAGGAGAGAGAGAGAGGCACCUCUUUUCUGGACAGUUGCACGGGAGUACAAAGGCUCUCGGGUCCGUGCCUUUUUUUGUUGGUGUUGUUGUUAUUGGGGAGCGGGGGGGGGGGGCGGGAGGGCGUCACGCACAUUUGAAACGUUUCAAAGGAGAUAUGGGAGCAGCGGCACCCCCGAAAAGAAUGGAUUAGUUCCAGCAGGAACAGGCUCUUCGCCACUGCAUGCUACGACGGCGGAGAGUGCAUUUUCCUCCCUUUUUUCCAAACGUGACUUAGUGGCGUCUUCUGGUGGAUCAAGCAGAAACUACUCGCAAGAUGGCGACGGCGGUACCGUCA